AUGAAGUCACUGCUCUUCUUUCUCCUCAUCAGAACUGCUUUUACCUUCAAUGACGACAAAAUCGUUGGGGGGUAUGAGUGUCAACCCCAUCAGGUUUUUCUGCACUAUAGUUACCACUUCUGUGGUGGCUCUCUGGUCAAUGAAAACUGGGCUGUGUCUUCAGCUCACUGCAACUUUGUGAGUGGCAUUGAACUGCACCUUGGAGAGCACAGCAUUGAGGUCCAUGAAUUAACCGAGCAGUUUAUCAGCAGCUCUGUUGUCGUCCCUCAUCCCCAGUACAACCCUCAAACAUUUUACAAUGACAUCAUGCUGAUGAAGCUGAGCAGACCUGCCACCUUCAACAAGUACGUGCAGCCAGUGGCUCUGCCAACCAGAUGUGCUCCUGUGGGUGUCACGUGCAAAGUGUCUGCAUCCUCAGAUUUGUUUUGUUCUUUAGCUGUUGAUGAUUCCAAGCUGCAGUGUGUAGACAUCCCAGUCCUGUCUGUAGUGUCUGCAGAAACUCACUCUGGCAUCAUCAACACCUCCGUGUUCUGUGCGGGAUAUCUGGAGGGAGGCAAGGACACUUGCCAGAUUGACUCUGGUGGCCCCCUGUGCAACGGUGAGCUGCAGGGUGUUGCAUCCUGGGGUACUGGAUGUUCAGAGAAGAACUACCAGGGUAACUUUCAACCAGAAAAGAAAUAUUUGAAUUAAAGUAAGGUUGAACUUUAUCUGAUCUUUCACU